CUAUUGUAUAUUCUAACCAAUGGAAAAAUUGGAAAUUUUAAUUGCUUUUGGAAUGUAUCAGGACAUACAGGCCUGGCCAUUUGAAGAGAGCUAUUGCUCUUGCUCUGUAUUUGUAUUUGUUGCUACCUAGCAUCUGAAGGUAGUUUUUAAGGACACUGAGAAGCUAUGCUUAUCGAGCAGUGUCCUGGUCCUUCCUCUUGAUGUGACCACACUUCAUGAUUCCUAUGCCUGGAAUUACAGAGAGCUGGCAACUCUCCUCACUCUGGGUGAAAGUUUGGUCAUACCAGGUACUCAAGCUACGGACCCUUGGGUCUGUAGUCAGCACCUCUAACAACUGAGCCAUCCUCGCCUCUAACAACUGAGCUCACCUCCAGGCUUUCCUCAAAUACUGGAGGGGAGCUACAUAUUGCUCUCCUAAAGUGCUCUAAAAAAAGAAAUUAGCUCUCCUUGAAAUCAAUUUUUCCUUUGUUUCCAUUCUUAUUAAUCUAUAAAUAGCUCACCUGGAAGUUACUAGGAGAGCUGUUACUAGAAAGUUCUGUUUCCCUGCUAAGAGUCUUAUGGCCAGGCCUGGACAUAGUGCCUUUCAUAUUGUGGUUUCCUGAAACAGCACCUUCUCCUUUGUAAUUAAACUUUUACCCAGGAUAGGAACUUAACAUCAAACAGGUCUUUUAAACUCAGUUUCAUUAAUUCACCCUCUCAUUUCAUUUUGCUUUGUAGCCACAAGUCAAAUGAAAGUAGGUGUUUAACUUCAUGCGAGAAGUUUCCAUAAAACUGGUGUAUAUAUUUUUUACACCUUUGAGUGCCUAUAAUGAACAUGGAGGUGCAUCCUGGGUGCAACUAAGAUUAAUUAAGUAUCAUAAGAUCCUUCUAGUAUUUUCUUUGUGGUUUCCCUGAGUGCUUUAAAGGUUAUCCAUGGGGGCAAAUCAAUGUGUUCAUUCAAGUAAUCAUAGUACAAAUUAUUACAUAAAUGGGAACACGACUGUCUUUCUGGAUAUGUCUUAUUCUUUGAAAUUUUCCCCUGUCUACCGGUUUGCUUUUAUUCUCACAAAAUGCUUCAAGUGGAAAUUUUCAUUUUUUUAUAAACAUUUCAGAACAAUGUUAAAUCCUUGAAUUUUGAUUGAUUAAUUAAUGUUAUCCAUUCUAGAAGCUAAUGUUGUUGCUUGUUGCAGGUCAUUAUCUCAAAAUGUGCCCACAUAAAAUAUCUGAGCUUGGCAUGCAGCCCCUGUUUGACAGACGAAAUGUUUAAUUUUGAAAGCUUUGUCCAGAGUUGCAAAGAUGGAGAGAGAAUACUUAGCUCUUUAUCAAGAAUAGAUUUGUCUGGCUGUCAAGGAAUUUCAAGUAAAUCUGUGAGAAACCUUUUCUCUUUGUGUGGAUCAACAUUGGAAAGUGUGGAUAUUUCUUGGACCAAAGUUGAUUGUACAGCUUUGGUUUACUUGUCUGGAUUUAGUUUGUCAUCUGCUGUUUUCAUAGCAACACACGCGGAUGAGAAAAAUCUGCCAUGCUCUGUAGCUGAAUUAGAAGCUUCGCAAGAAUUUGAGUUCCAAAUGAUAAAAGAGAUGAACAAAAGUGAUUCUAUUAAUUCUAACUCACAAAGAUUAUCAGAGAUGUUUUUGGUACCAACAGAGAAGGAUAACAAUAUUGCCAGUGGAGGUGACCUAGCCCAGAAAACAGAAUCCAUUGUUGCUGAGAUUGUAACAAAGGAAAAUGGCACAUUUUCUUCUUUUUGUGAAAGCAUAAAUCCAGGAGCAGAUCAUUUCGAGCAAGAAAAUCAUCCAUGUGUAUUAAAAGAUGGGUUUUUGAAGCAAUGUAUCUUUUCCUAUUCAUCUCAAGAUAACCACUAUGCUGACACAACAUCAUCUGCCUGCAAAUGCCAAUUGCCUCAGCCUCACAAAAAUGGAUAUCAAGGAAAACUUGCUAACACAUAUCAUUGCUCUAUUUGCAAUUUAGAAGGAAGAAAUGGGCUUCGACGGGCCCACUCAUUUAGUUGUAUUUCAGAAGAUAUUCAGAAAACAGAAAAUAAGACAGCCUCCACUUUGUUUUCUAAUCCAGAACAUUAUUAUGAUAAAUAUAGAAAACAUGUAGGAAUAUUGGCUUCAACCAAUAAUUCAACAUUUAAUAUUAAAACUAAAACUGUGGCUGCAAAGCCUAGAUGGAGUGAUACAGAAACCUACCACCACAGCAGUAGAAUAAACAAUUUUGUUUCAGAGGCUUUAGGUACUUCAAACACAUAUACCACAUGGAAUGAUUUGUCAAACGAAUACGAGAAAACGUAUUCAAAGAUAGUUAAAGAAAGCUCAACUGGUUUCGAAGGAGAAGUCAGUUCAAAUUGUAAGAAUUUUUUUGGAAAUGAUCCCAAAGAAUAUAGUGUUGUUCAUGGCACCCAAAAAAGCAAAUUACCAGACUUGUCAGAGGUUGCUUUUCUGUGUCCAAACAAGGUUGCCCCUUUUGUUUUUCCUGAUGUUGCUAAUAAUAUUGGAAAUAGUGCCAAGUCGUUUACUUCAUCUGAAUCUUUUUACCAAAAUAACCAAGAUAGGAUGAAAACUCUGAGUAAAUCGAUUCAAAUUUCAGCACACGAUCUCAACUUAGAUGCAACAAGAGUCAUGCAAAAAUCUGUUAUCUCUUCUGAACAAAAGUAUGGAAGUGAAAUUGACAAAUCUGAGAUUGAGGCUAAAUUGUCAGCAGCAGUUGAGUUUUAUAAACCAAGACAGAUGCUUGUAAGCCAUAUAACAGAACUUGAUAUAUCACAGAUCUCCUUUUAUGAUUCAGAUGUUGGCAAGGACUGCAUCAAAAUGUUUGUUCAUUCUAAUCAUUCAUUGACCUCAUUGUGCAUUUCAUGGACAGGACUUACUGACGCGAUUUUGGAAGAAAUUGCCAGAAAUGAACCAAGGCUGAUUAAACUUGGUCUGCCAGAGUGUGAAUGCUUGUCAAAUUCGGGUAUUAUUGCUGUUGGACUGUACUGUAAAAAUCUACAAAUCUUGGAUCUCCAGGGAGUUCCAUUCAUAAGUGACAGAGGACUUCUUGAUGUUCUUUCAUCAGGGCUACUCGAAGAGCUGACAUUAGCAGAAUGUGCAAUUACAGAUACAACAUUAAGAAAUAUUGCCAAUUAUUGCAGCCUGACGAUUACACGGCUCGACUUAUCCUGGUGUGAAAACAUUACAGAUGAAAGCCUGUGCGAUUUGGUUAAUUCGUGCCCAAAGUUGGAAUAUCUUAAUGUAAGGCAGUGUGAAAUAUCCACAAAGACCAUAGCAGCUUUGCCUUGCAUCAGUGGAAAGUUGACACAUCUUGGUCUUUGUAGCAUUAAAGACUUAACUGAUUCACAAGCAGUGCCUAUGGUUAGGAGUUUGCGAAACUUGACAUUUGUUGAUCUAAGCUGGAACUGCAUGUUAACAGAUGACACAAUAUCAACACUCCUGGGGUCUUGUCCAAUGCUCAAUGAAGCUGUGCUGGCUGGCCUAAAGCGGAUAACUUCAAAGCCAUUCUUGCCAAUUAUCUCAGAUCGAACUGAAUGGCGCAGCUGCCUUAAGGCGAUAAGAAGUCGCAUAAGAAGAAGCAACUAUGCUGCUAAGAAAGGCGUUUCUGUUUCAGAUGAGGUGUUGGACAAUUCAUUCUACCUACCAUAUAGGUCAUUGCAUUAUGCACCAAAUUUAUGCAAGCUUGGUUUAUCAUUCAGUGACAAAGUUAAUGACACUCACUUGGCUGAGAUUGUGUCCGUGUGCAGAGGGUCCCUGGCCGUAGAGGACUACUAUGCAAUGCCCAUUAAACCCAUGUGGGAUUUUUUAAUAUCCUAGAACAGAUGAGCAUAUCUAAAUCUGCGCUUUCAUGAAAUUGAUUUCAUCAGGGAACAUACCAAAAUAAAUAUUACAAUGGACCCAUCAGAACUUUUUCAGAUAAAGCUGCCAGCCAUUGCAGAAAUUCAGGCUUUCAUUUGGAGGGGGGCUCAGGCCCACAAUUUUCUUAUAAUAGAACAUAUUGGAUAGGCUUUCUGCAUGCUAAAUUUUUGUCAAUUAUCUGACAAAAGCCCAAAUUUUCUGAUGAGAACACUGAUUAAGGGAGGCUGAUGCUCCCCAUAAUUUCCAUCACUGAUUGUCAGUCCCUCUGAAAUGGUAUUACCUAGAAAGUAGCUCCAUCUGGUACCAUUCUGUAAAGCUCUUAUGUAGAUGGGUGGAGCCUGGAGCCCCUUUUGCAAAAUAAUUUCACAACACUUCCAGACCAAACCAACAGACCAAACUGUUCCUAAAUUUUUGCAUAAAUACAGCCUGAUUUUUAUUCCAGAUCAAUUAUUUUAAUAAAGUUUCAACAUUUAGUAAAUUCAAUAAUGCAAAUAUUUUAAUAUGUGCAGAGAUAAUUACAUCAUAUUCUACAUUUUUGGUACCUGAUUAUUGUAAAUAAAAUUGCAGAUAACUUUUGCACCCAUGAUGUACAGUCAGUGUAGCAGUUUAUGUUAUUAUUCUACAAAACUGUCCUUCCUUGUAACAGUUUCUGCACUUACAUUGCCAUCAUGGACUUCUGUUAAAGUUUCAUAACCUUUGAGAAGUUUGGGCAUUGAUUUGUUAAUACACUCAUUUUUCUCUCGAGGAGUUUUCUUUUCUAAACUUAUAUAAAUUUCUUUUUCAGAACUAUCACUUUUUGUUAAGUCUUUGGACCCUGAAGAAGUUGAAAAUGAUUUAUCAGCUUCAGCCUGUCCUUUCAGAAGGUCAUAUGAACCAGAACUGCCAUUAACAACAGGAAUUUUCUCUUUUACACUAGCUUUUGCCUUUGGAAGCCAACUACUGAAUUUGUCAUGAAGAUAGGCCCCAAAAUCAAGAGGAUUUUCUUCCUCUAAAUGCCUUCGGCCAUGUCUUUGUUGAUAUUUAGGUGAAGUACAGUCCUCUAAAACCUUGGAAACCUCUCUUGGUGAAUGAUACCUCUUUACUUUGACACUCUUCAUGCCUAUGUUUUUCUCUUCCUUCUCUUUCUCUUUUACAUUGCUCUCCAAAAACACUGCCCUUUUUCUUGGAUCUUGAGGUUUUGACUGAAAGCCAUCAGUAAAUAUUUCUCUUCUUUGCUUUGUACUUUUUAACAAUGAUUUAUUCCCAUGCUUGUCAGAGGAAUGUUCUGGGCUCAUCAUCUUCAAUACUGACAGAUAAUCCUCAAGUUUCACUUUCAUUUGUUCCCCCUUUUUUGUUCCCUUUUCAUUAUGCUUUAUCGCAUCCUUGUUGUGUCCCCAAAGUUCAGAGGCAUGAGGUGGAUUGACUAAUCCUAUAUAAUCUUUUUGUUUCACUUUCCUUCGUUUCUGUUUAUUGUCCAUUGCCAUAUUUCUUUUCAACUAAUCUCAAUUUUCCUGCAAGAAAUUAUAAGAGAGCCCCAGUGAACAAACAAUACAUUCUUGUCAAUUUGAAGAUACUUUGAAAAACACAGGAAAUAUAAGCAGUCCUUUUCGUGAGCAAAAUUACGCGUGUGUGGCAAAUCGCACAUGUAAACAAAUUUGCGCGUGCGAUCGCACUUGUCAGAAAAUUUGAAGUACAAACCUGAUAAAAUUGGUAAAAGGAGCAAGAAGGAACAAGCCACUCGAAUACGUGCAAGAGCAAAACUCAAUUAAUCAAUACAUAACAUAUUUUGUUGCCCUUAGCAGCCAUCUUUUAAAAGUCGUCGUAACUCUCCAAAGUUACAAGAGCAAGUAAAAAUUGUUUCCAACAGCUACUUGCUUUCAGGGCCUAAUUACGUUUUGACAGGAAAUCAGUUAUUACACUUAACAUGCUAAUGGCGACUUAGCUGAAAGACGAGACGCUAAGUUGAAUGGAGCACUCAGUCAAAAGCCAAACAUCACUUCCGAAAAUUGGAAAAAUCAUAUUGUGGUCAAAAGUGCGAAUCAAGUAACAAGGGAAA